ACCUUAUUUUAAUCCAUGGGUAAGCAAAAUUUCCACGUUAAAACCCCACACGUUUUGGAUCAAAGACUUGGCUUAGAUUUAGAGGCUUUGAUGAUGGCGGCGGUGGUGGAAGUACACAAAAACAAGACUUGUUCACAUUCUCCGGAAAUGGAUCCCGGAAUAUGGAGCCAGUUGCCGGAGAACCUCCUCGAAUACAUACUAUCUUGCCUACCAUUGAAGACUUUCUUGAGCCUCAGAUCAACCUCUAAACACUUCAAUUCUCUCAUCUUCUCUCCCCUCUUCAUCUCCAAACACUCUUCUUCCUUUUCCUCUUCUACACCUUUCUCUUCUUUUCUCUUGCUUUCACACCCAAACUUCCAUCACCAUUAUUCUCUCUACGACACUAUCCUCAACACCUGGCGCAACUUCUCUCUCUCCCUCUCCCCCCUGCUAUCCUGCUCACCUUCCUCCUAUUCCUCUUCUACUGCACAGCCAAUCCUCCUCUCCAUCUCCCAUGGCCUCCUCUGUUUCUCUCUCCCAAACUCGUCUUCUUUCGUUGUCUUCAACCUCUUUGCAAGAUCUUCAAGAAUUAUCAAAUUCCCUACUCAUCCAUUUGCCUUUGAGCUCCUCACUCUGGUUUCCACAUCAAGUGGGUACAAACUCUUCAUGCUUUGUCCUUCUUAUGGGUCGUCAAACCAUGCUUUUGUCUAUGACUCUGGGCUUGAUCUCUGGAAACAAUUCGACGGAAUUGAUCCGAUUCUGGGUGAUGAUUAUCAUCAAGAAGGUGUGUCCUAUAAUGGGUACUUGUAUUUGACAACCCCAGAGCCUUUUUCAAUUCUGUGUUUCGAUCUGGAAACUGGGAAUUGGAAGAGGCCGAUUAUUGAGUUACCCAGUGAGCUUAUGUUUGUUCGGUUGGCGAGUGAUGGGGACGAAAAGCUCUACUUGAUUGGAGGAAUAGGGCAAAAUGGGAUUUCGAGGAACAUGAAAUUGUGGGAAUUGAGUAGUAGAUCAGAAGAUGGAGGAGCACAGAAUUGGAUUGAGAUUGGGAGUGUUCCAGAGAUGAUAUGUAGGAAAUUCAUGUCAGUUUGUUACCACAAUUACGAGCAUGUUUAUUGCUUUUGGCAUCAGGGUUUGAUUUGUGUAUGCUGCUAUAGUUGGCCUGAGAUCUUGUAUUACAAGAUUUCAAGGAGGACUUGGCAUUGGCUUCCUAAAUCUCCGUCAUUGCCUGAGAAAUGGAGCUGUGGUUUCAGGUGGUUCUCUCUUGUUCCUCAGCUACAGGGAUUUGUUUGAGCUCUGUCCUCCCAUUCUGGGUUUCCUUUUCUUUAUUCAUGAUUUGUGUCACUUCUGUGAUUGAUUUUUAUCUUCUUACCAUUAAUCCUAUUUGCACAAUCUAAUCAUGUGUGUGUGACCCUUGCUUAUCAAAUUUUGAUUUGAUGCU